CCAACGCUCUUGCUGUGAAAAACCUGACCGGAAAAGCGGUCCUUUCUGUUUCCGGUGGAGCGCCGGUGCGGUGUGUGUUUGGUGGAGUCAUGGCUGCCAACAGCAACGGCUUCAUCCGCGUGCGCCUGGUGUUCGACUACCCUCCCCCGGCCGUGAUGCACUGCCGCAUGAGCUGGCUGCUCGUGGACCUGAAGGCGUGUCGCGUGGUGGCGGAUCUGGAGAGCGUCAUCAGGGACAAGUUCGAGCUGAGCUCCGGAACCAUCCUGAGCCUCUUCAUAGACGACUGCUACCUGCCGCACACGGAGCACAUCUUCGUGGUGCGGGACAACGACAGCGUCAGGGUGAAGGUGGAGUAUCUGCCCCCGGUGAAGUGUCACAGCAGCUCUCCAGACACAUCAAGUAAAAAGUGUAAAAAGAGACAGAGACCCAAAGAGGACGAUGGGCCCGGAGGAACUGAAGAGAGUGUGGACUGGAAGGAAAAGAAGAGGAAAAAACGGAGCGAGGAGAGUCUUAAGGGUGAGGCCAAACGGGCGUCAGGGGACAAGAGGAGUAAGAAGUCACAAGAAAAGCACGCAGAGAAAAAGAAGAUGAAGAAGGCCAAGGAAAAGAGCCCUGCUGCCAUCCCCAAACCAGCUCCAUCCACAAAACAAAAUUCAGAUAGUGUUGAGCAGCCAGUUAAAAGACCCAAGAAGCCCCCAGCAGCACAAGGAAAAAUACAAAGCAAAAAGCCCACAGCGUCUUCUUCAGAUUCCAGUAGCAGCAGCAGUAGUGAUGAAGAUGAAGCUCCCAAAAGAGCACCUGCUCCAAAACCAGCCCCCAAGACACCCGCGUCCACCUCUGCUAGUUUCAUGGCACAUCCAGUCGUUAAACCCACCAUAACAAAAUCACAACCUGCCAUAACAAAAUCACGACCUGCCUCUUCAUCGUCUUCAGAAACGGAUUCCUCCUCCGAUGAGGCCCCCAGCGUCAAAAAAGUCCCAGCAAAAAACAAACCUUCGACCCCUUCAUCUCCAAAAAGCAGAAUAAACAACCAACCCAAAUCCCAGCAGGCGUCCUCCACACCGCAGUCCACAACCUGUGCACAGACGCAGGCUGACCGCGCGGCCCCGCCUCUUGUUGGCAAAGUCGCGGAGCCUUGUAACUCAGACCAGGAAGAGGAGAUCCAGCUGGUCAUCCGAAAACCGAUGCUGCCUCCAGGGUUCGGUGUGGGGGGGCUUCGGUCACCUUGGAGAGGCUGCACCCGUGGAAAAAGCGGGCGUGGUGGUCAUGGAGACAGGGGACGGGGUGAAGGUAGAGGGUUCGUCAGAGGUCAGACUGGCAGCUUUGAGUUAAGCUGUAAUGGAUCCGAGGAGCCAAGCUACCAGACCGAUUCACUGAGCAACAAGUCAGUGGUCGUCCAGAAUGGAGUGGAGAGUGGCCCCAAACAGGACUACAGCUCUCUGCCCCUGCUGGCCGCCCCCCCUCCGGUGGGGCAGAGGAUUGCCUUCAAGGUAAGUCUACUUUCGUCUCAGAGACUCUUCAGGUGUCAUUUUGAUUUGGAAAAACACAGACAAAGCAGAGUCAAGAGGGAUUCUUUGAAAAGCAGGAAACCAAAGUUGAUUCAUGAACACAGACACUGGAACAGGAUCAGAAAGCACCU